CCAACCUAUAAUGAAUUAAAAUACUGAGCUUGGAUUCCAUUCCAGUUUCAACGUCGGAGAAUUUCCUUUCUUUAUUCUUUUGAUCGCUCGUUUUCUUGCUCCUCUCACUCUCUCUCUGGAACACAACUUUGCUGUCAUCAAAGUUGAGUUAUAUUUGUGAUAAUACGAGUUCUCACCACCGCACCGAGGGAAUAAGAAUAACACACGUUGACAAUCGAGGUUUCUAAGAAGACCCAUUUCCCCAGGUCGAUUUUCACACGUGGGAAUUCAACUCCCUCAAGCAGAUGAAUCCUAUUUGUUUUGAUGACAACCAAGAAGACGGAGUGAAAUCUGGUGAAGGAUUUCUUCUUACUUCAGAUGCUUCUAGCAUGGAUGGUAUACAUGGAGACCCGGAAGUGGUCCCUCGUGUUGGAGAUGAGUAUCAGGCAGAACUUCCUCCGUUUAUUGCAGCAUCUCAUCGUUCUCGGCUUGUAAAGAAGACAAGUGAUUUAGAAAUCACGGUCGAUAUGCCAGAGUCUUUUUCACUAGGACUACCCCUUCCUCUUAUGUGGACACAUUGUGAGUCAGAUGUUGACUCGUGCUUGGGACUGAAAACUCGACUAGAUCAGCCGAGAGACAAGUAUCUUCUCCCCGAAUUGUUGCCUAAUCGGUCUUGGACAGAUAUUGAAUAUAACAGUUUUCUUCUUGGUCUCUAUACAUUUGGGAAGAACCUCAAUUUUUUAAAGAGAUUUGUUGGGACUAAGAGUAUGGGAGACAUAUUGUCUUUCUAUUAUGGUAAAUUUUUUAAGUCUAAAGGAUAUUCCCGAUGGUCAGAGUGCCGGAAGUUGAAAACUAGACGAUGUAUAUUUGGCCAGAAAAUAUUCAGCGGUUGGAGGCAACAAGAAUUGCUAUCAAGAUUGUUUUCCCAUGUGGCACAGGACUGUCAAACUACUUUGGUUGAGAUUUCGAGGAAUUUCGGGGAGGGAAAGAUGCAUUUUGAAGAAUACAUAUUUGCUCUAAAGGAUGCUGUUGGCAUUGACUUUCUUGUAGCUGCAGUAGGUAUAGGCAAAGGGAAGUAUGACCUCACAGGCACUGCUCUCGAGCCAACAAAAACCAAUCACAUCUUUUCUGUUCGCCAGGAAAUGCCAACCGGGAAAGCUUGCUCCUCUCUUGCACCUGCAGAUAUAAUCAAGGUUCUAACAGGAAAUUUUAGAUUAAGUAAAGCUCGGUCCAGUGAUCUCUUUUGGGAAGCUGUUUGGCCUCGUCUUUUAGCAAACGGUUGGCAUUCUGAAGAGCCAAAGGAUAAUGUUGUUUCUGGAACAAAACAAUAUUUGGUUUUUCUUAUACCCGGUGUUAAGAAAUUUUCAAGAAGGAAACUGGAUAAAGGUACCCACUACUUUGAUUCUAUAAGUGAUGUACUGAAUAAAGUGGCAUCUGACCCUAGGCUUCUCGAGACUGAAAUUCAAGCAACUGAGGGUAGUGAAAACAAGGAAAACAAACUAAACCAAGAUGGUGUGUCAAAUACAUGUCCUUCCCUUCAAUCUCACAGUUCGAAGUGCAAACCGGAUCUCGUGAAAUUUACAAUUGUAGAUACCAGCAUGGUUCAUCAUGAUAUGGAUCAACGUAAAGUGAGACAGACGAGAGGCUUACCUUUUCAACCUGUUAGUAUAACUACCAUCUCAAGCAGCAGCUCUAGUGAAUCUGAGACAGCUACAUCUGAAGACUCAGAAGAUCAGAUUGUACAAGCUAAUGCUUCAAGUCCUAUUGUAGAUCAGGUUGAACAAGCUAAUUCUUCAUACCAUGUUGAAGAUCAGGUUGAACAAGUUAAUUGUUCAUACCACGUGGGAGAUCAGGUUGAAAAGGUUAAUUCUUCAUACCAUGUUGAAGAUCAAGUUGAACAGGUCAAUUCUUCAUACCAUGUUGAAGAUCAGGUUGAACAAGUUAAUUCUUCAUACCCUGUUGAAGAUCGCGUUGAACAAGCUAAUUCCUGUGACCAUGUUGAAGAAAUCUCGGAUAAGAGGGUCGGCAUAGACUCGUCAGAUCGUACUUGCACUCCUGAAACUUUCAACACCAUCAAUGUAGAUGUAGAAAAUCAUAAAUUCCAUGCUGAUCUGCCCAAUGGUGAGCAUUGGUGGGACAUGAAUGAGCCUCCCUUGAGUGAACAGAUGACAUCUGAUUGCACAAAAUGUUUUCCUUGCACCACAAAAGUACAGGGGUUACGAGCUUGUAACCAUGGAGAGUUUAGCCACAGCGCUGAAAAUACGUUUAUGGACAGAAUGUUUGAUUUAAAUGAGCCAAUUUUACCGUCAAAUUUACAUGAAGCAUCUGAAGGCAUGGCCUUGUCUUUCCCAAGUUAUCAGGCUAAAGGCAGUCCAAACAUGAGCAUUGAAGGCAGUGCUGCUGAGAACCAACAGGUUGGAGAAGUUUCUGCGAAAAAAUCUGAAACCAGGAUGUUGAUUGACUUGAAUUUUCCUCAAGUUGCACCUGGCUUAGCAAUUGACUUGAAUUUGGAAAUACCAUUCUCUAACGCAAUACAUCAAAAUGAUGACCAAUGCACACAUACAUUGUCGUUGUCAUCUGAGACAAUCCAGCUCAAUGGGAUACAAGAGUUUCCUGAUGGAAAUAAGGAGCAGCAACCUAUUAUUGCUAACCGCCGUCAAAGUUCUAGGAGCCGGCCGUUAACCGCAAAAGCAUUGGAAGCUAUGGAGUACGGAUUCCUCAACUCAAAGAGAAAGAGGAAGAACACAGAAUCUUCAGACAAUAAUGCAAAGUCCCAAUGUUUACGUGCAAGUAACGAGACAGUCAUUGGUGCUACUUGUGAUAAUAGCAUUGGGAAUUCUUUGGCUGAUACAAGUGCAAAGGAGGAGAAUGUCAUCCGGGAGUAUAGUUUCAUUGUUUAAAAAGUAUCCAUAGACAAUUGCCAUACAUUAGUCUAUAUUCACUUUCAUUUUUUUUCAGUAUGAGACUGAUAGAAUAAUAAAAUUGCACAAGAUUUGAUUCAUAUGAUUAUUGAUUAAUGAUUUAAAAGAUGAA